GUGUUUUCGUAAGGGAAGUUCUGCAGGUAAGGAGAUAUUCCUUGGCUAAUUUAUUUGCUCUGGUUUUCUAUAUUAGCUCCAUAUCUAUGUACAUUUUGGGAAUACUGAUGCAAACGUUGUUUCAAGCCGAAUGCACUGAAUGCGACAGUAACACUUCUGGCAGGGAUGGACUUUUUUAAUAUCCCUCAUAAAUUUGAAAUAUUUUACGCGGAAGUAGAAUAAUAUGACGUCAAACGCCCCCCUUUAUGGAAAUGCGCACAGGCCACAAAGCUGAAAACUCGACUUGGCAAAUAAAGUUGAAAACCGGCGCCGCUGAAACUUGUAACUUUUUUGGGGGGACUUUAGAUUUUGUUAAGUUAAAACAACAAACACACAAGCCUGUGUAUCUUAAGUAUUCUUCGCAGACGGGGCCUCAAAUUCGUCUGUGAUUGUGGAUAACAAACAAAGUAAGCCUAUCGGGUUAUUUUUAAGCCCAGUAUUUAGACUGUCAGGCACAUAUUUUUGUGACUGUCACAAAAAUGUGACAACACUAACACUAAAUGUGCUGUUUCUGUGCGUUUAAGCUGAAGGUGGAAAAGUUGACGUUUGUUACUCUUUUAAACACUUUUGAAGUGGCGUGAGAGAGUGUGUGUGUUAUAUGGUAGGCAGUGCUGCCUUAAAAUACAAACGCAGGGUUUAUUGCCAAACACAGAGCAGGCUGAGUUACCAAGGAGACGUUAGCCGCCCUAGCUGCAGCUCCUUGUCAAUAAGUGGCCGUUAAAUUCGGAGCUAGAUACUCUCAGCUGCCGCAUGUUUGUGUUUAGGUAUAUAUAUACAACAUGGCUGAGCUGCAUGUUAUCGGCCAGAUCGUCGGUGCGAGUGGUUUCCCACAGAACAGCCUGUUUUGCAAGUGGGGAGUUCAUAUAGGGGGAGCAUGGCGUCUUCUGUCCGGCCUGAAGGAGGGUCAGACCCAGGUGGAUAUGCCUCAACUUGGAGACAUGGCGUACUGGAGUCACCCCAUCGAUUUGCAUUUUGCUGUUAAGGGAAUCCAAGGCUGGCCAAAGCUUCACCUCCAAGUGUGGCACCAGGACUCCUUUGGGCGCUGCCAGUUGUACGGAUACGGCUACUGCCACAUCCCUUCCAGCCCGGGACAACACCGGAUAAACUGUGUGACCUGGCGGCCACUGGGAUCCUGGCAAGAGCAGUUCUCACAAUUGUUUGUCGGUGGUGGACCGCAGCUCCGCAAUCCGGAUUUGAUAUACAGCGGUGCGGAUAGAUACAGGCUGCACACAGAAGCAAUGGGGACCGUGGAGCUGGAGCUGGGCGUUAUCAUGAGAAACUUUGACAAAUAUGGCGUCGAAAGUUAACGCUGUGAUAUUUAGGGAAUUAAUUGAUGUGCAGAUGGUGGAAUUGAUUUUUUUUUUAGAUUUGUUGACUUUUAUCUAAACUGCUUUUGUACUUGUAUACGUAAAUAAAGAAAAAACGAAGU